AUAAGCUUCUGUUGGCAAACUGAGCAUGACUGCUGCAUGUCGUAUGUUCAUGCAUAUAUUCAGUAGCUGUUUUUUCUUUAACUUUGAUGAUUCAUUUUCGUUGCAAGUUGAAUUUUUUAGUUCCAGUGUAAACAAAUCUUGGACAAAAGGUAAAAUCAAAGCUGAAGGACAGAACUGGGCUCGACAUUUGAUGGAAAUGCCAGCUAACAGACUUACACCGGCUCUCUUUGUAGAAGCUGUACAAAACAAGUUAUCAAAUAGAUCAAAUAUAACUAUCAAUGUGAGAGAUAGGUCUUGGAUAGAGAGUGAGAGUAUGAAUGCUUUUCUAGCAGUGUCACAGGGGUCUGUUGAGCAGCCUUACUUCCUACAUAUAGAGUAUAAACAUCCAGAUUGCAACAUGUCUAGUCCAAUUGCUCUUGUUGGCAAGGGUGUUACUUUUGACACGGGUGGUAUAUCAAUCAAGCCUGCAGCUAGCAUGGACCAGAUGAGAGCAGAUAUGGGUGGGGCAGCAUGUGCUGUUGGUUCACUGUAUGCUGUAGAUAGACUGGAUCUCCCAGUACAUGUUCAUACAUUUAUUCCUCUAUGUGAGAACAUGCCUGGUGGUCGAGCCAUCAAGCCUGGGGAUGUGGUACGAGCACGGAAUGGUAAAACUAUACAGAUAGAUAACACUGACGCAGAGGGACGUCUUAUAUUAGCAGAUGCUUUAAAUUACGCAGAGACUGUUAAUCCUCGGCUCAUACUUGAUAUGGCUACAUUGACAGGUGCCAUUGAUGUUGCACUGGGAUCUGGAGCUACAGGAGUUUAUGCCACAUCCACAGAUACAUGGAAUAUAUUGCAGAAAGCAGGUUGUAAUACUGGUGACAGAAUGUGGAGAAUGCCACUGUUCAACCACUACACCAAACAGGUGACAGACUCACAGCUAGCAGAUCUCAACAACAUUGGGAAACAUGCUCGAUCUGGGGGAUCAUGCACUGCAGCAGCAUUCCUUAGGGAGUUUGUCACAAACAAGAACUGGUUACAUCUGGAUAUAGCAGGUGUUAUGGCUAACAAGGAUGAGGUACCAUAUCUUGGGAAAGGAAUGGCAGGUCGACCUACAAGAACUGUGGUGGAAUUUAUCGAGAUGCUUGGCAAGUCACAGUGAUAGUUUGUUUGACUGGAGGCUAGUGAAGAACAUAUGGGAAGAAGGACAAUUAUGAUGUUGUAGAUAUAGGGCAUGUUGGUUAAGCUAUCUCAAGAUCAGACAAAUGUGCAGAGAAACUUGACACUAAGUCUUGUGAAAAUAGCAAGGGGUAGUAUUUGCUGGACUGUGUUAAUGCUCAUAGCAGGCAAGCUAUAUUCCAUGGAACUUACACACAGACAAUUUAUAUAAUGUCUUGUUGAUUCAAGACAUACAUUCUGUGAUAGAGAAACUAGAUACAUUGUUGGUCCUAUACACACUUCAUUCUUUUACUCUGUAAAAUUGUUGGUCAUAGGUGUUUUCAUUUUAAUUUGACACAAAGCAUUUAAUAUUGUAGUACAGUACUGGCUGUCACCCAGUCUGUGAAGAUAUUUCUGCCAUAUAAUUUGACAUAUUGAUUCCUGUUUUAUAUGAGGAACAUCCCUGUUUUCCAAUUGUUUCCUGUAUUUAUUGCUCAGGUGAGUUUUUGUAAUCACCCUAUGUCUGUCAUUGUCCAUUGGCAUCAUCUCUUUAGUCCCCUACCGGUGGAACACCUGAGGGGACUAUAGGAAUGCCCUCCGUCCAUCUGUCUGUCCGUACACUAGGUUCAUAAAACUGGUAUGUGAAUAGAGGGCAAUAUGUAGAUUAUGCACUUACAUGACUUAUGUUUGUAGGUCAAAGGUCAAGGUCACUAUUGAAGGUCAAGUAGAAAAUGUUUCUGCUCCAAGACAUUUAUACAUUGAUGGAUUAUCUUAGUGUUACAUACAAAUGUUCCCCAUGGUAAGACAAUGUAUUAAUGGAUGAUCUCACAUGCUCAUGACACAUGGUUGCCAGUCAAAGGUCAAGGUCACUAUUGAAGGUCAAGUAAAAUUGUUUUUUCAGGGGACUUCUGUAUUGCCACUGCAAUAGUCAGUCACUUGUUACUUAAGCAUCUUCUCUAUUAAAACUCUGGUCUUUUCUUAGGGGCUAAGACUUGUCAGAGCUAAAAAUAGAUAAACCUUUAAAUGGCUUCUUUUCAUAAACCACCUGGUGGAUCAUCACAAAACUUGGUCUAUAGCAUCCAUGUAUGGUCCUUUGUCAACUUUGUACACAUGGUUAGUUUGGCUAGUUUCAAGUGCUACCAGAGGAUUAAAAUAGAAAACCUGUUAACAAUUUUCUCUCUUGAACCAAAAUCAUCACAGGCAUAGUCUGUAUCGUCCUUGUAAGGUCCUCUCUCAAGUUUUGGCAAGGCUCCCCCCCACAUAAAAACUAAAAAAAUUCAGAGUUGCCCUUGUCUGUACUUGUGAUGGAAUUUAUGUUGUUCAUAUCUCAAAAAAUAUUUGACCCAGAAUAAUCAUACCUCAGGAUUGUCAUUCAGUAUGUGAAGCUAAAAGUUUGUGUCACACAAAUCUUAAAUGAUAUUAGUAGAAAUAGUAGAACUAC